AAUAUACAUAAAAGCCCACCUCCGCCUCAGCACCAAGGCACCACCUCUCUGCGUCUCUAUGAACACACUUCCACACAUCUCUUCCUGUUUUCGGAGAUGUCUGCAGUGUGCCUGAGCGGAAACAAGCACUCCUGUUGUUUUUGUUUUUUGUGUGGCUGCAUUGUGUGUCGUGGGCUGACCACGGCGAUCAGCAUGUGGAAGGUGCACAUAGCUCAAACCAGGAACUGAAUCACACUGGUUGACCCACUAUGCAUGUGAGGCAUGGCCAACAAGGCUCCGUGGGAUAGGUCAACGAGCAGCAUGGAGCCAACAGCCGGCUGCUCCCCGACAGUUUCAGAGGCGGAGUUGUACCGCAGCAUCCAGGCUUUGCUGCCCAGGGAGAAAGACAAUCAGCCGCCUAUAGACAGUUUCAACAAAGGCAUGCUGAGGUGGACGCUUCAUAAGAAGGUUCAAAACAAUCCUGCCAACAGCUUGUCUCUGGUGUGGGUGCUGAUUAAGGAGUUGGAAAAGGCCGAGCGAUGGGAUUCUCGCAAAUGCAUCAUCCCUCUGCUCCACACUCUCAUGUAUGCCAUCGUCCAGACAGCCCACAUUACAGAUGAUCUCUACAAGCGGGUUUACGAUUUUUGCAAGAGACUCAUGACGUACCCUCACCCUUACUGCUCCGUAGGCCUCAGCUACACGAGGCAAAUAAAAACUGAACGCUCCACUCCAGGUCUGAUGUACCAGAGGAUGGUCACAGCCGAGCACGGGCUAAAAAACGAGCACCAUCCCAUUCAGGAGAGAGUUUUUGUUUUGGCCGACCCAGACGUCUUCUCUGGUUCCCUGGGACAAGUCCUGCUGGAGGACAUUGAGGCGUCUGCGUCCUCCUCAGGUGGAUAUUUCAGUCCUGUAGAUCUCAUGCGCGGCGUGGUCCAACACUCCCUCCAGGCUGCUUUGGGCUCCGAACGGUGCCACGGGCCGAAACUGGCUCAGGCCCUGAAGGACAUGGGCCAAGACAUUGAGCCGUACUUUCAGGAAGUGCUGGCGACUCUAGAGCAGAGCGCGGAGGAUGGCGGCAAAGGGGAGAAGGGAGCACUGAGAGGCCGUCUUCUGGAGCUGUACAGUGACAUCCUCACCCACACAGACUCAGAGCCAUUGCCCGGAGGUUCGCUGUGUGACUGCCCUCUUCCUAACCCAGAGAUGAGCUUCCACCUGUGGACGGAGAAACUGGAUAUCUGGCGAGAGCUGGGCAAGUGGUUUCGAUCCAGCUCCUCCUUGGAGCAGUUCUCCCUCAGCCAGGAGCAGGAGGACUUUGACCUGGGGGAGUCGCUAAGUGACCUGAUGACAUCGGACGUGACUCGUUUCUCCAUCCUGUCCAAUGACAGCGGCAUCGAAAGAGACCUGCCCCCCGGGUCGGACCCCUCGCCGACAUCAUCUAUGGACACUGCCAGCCUGAGUGCAUCAUGGGAACAAUGCAAAAGUGAGCAAGAGUCAGGACGGCUGUCACGCCGCAAGGCAUUCAAGAUGAAGCCAUCAAUGAAGGACAGUAUGGUGCUGAUGCAGGACACGCUGGAGGAGCACGCCAGUCUAGGUGGAGGAGGGAGGGGAGGAAGAAGAGAGGCGACUCUGCAGAGGCGGGCGGGCAGCUCGGCCAUGCAGAGCCCCUCUACCAAGCAGCAGAGACACCUAACUGCAAGACUAGUCGCCAUGGGAGAUGACAGAGUACUGGGACGACUGGCCAAGGCCUACUAUGUCUUCAGGAAAAGGGAAGCGCGCCGGCUUUUUCUCACAAUGAAAGUCAACCUCCAGUUUUACUACAUCCCUGUUUGCAAGACUCCGACUCACAUCUCCUCUGUCAAGGAAAACCACUCCAUCGGUCCCAUCCUGGGGAAUCCCUGCUCUCUCGGUUCCUACCUGAGCACGGUGGACCCAUGGUACAACUGUAACAUCAAGAGUUUAGGCUCCAUGAUCCCCAAACUGGCAAAAAUGCAACAGGCGAACCCAGGGAGGCCUAAAGAGCCCUUCAUCUCUGAUGUCAUUUCCUACUACGUCCGCACCGGCCAGCAGCCUGUCUACUUCAACAUCUAUUUUGUUAAGAUCACGUUCACGGGCAUGACCAAGGAGCCGGUUGAAGACGUGUUCCUCACCCACCUGGAGAUGGAGUUUCCAGAGUUCAGACAGGUCUCUGCAUCAGUCCGAGCAGAUAAACCGAGGAGGGGAUCGGGGGAGUUUUUUGGCGCUGUUGUCUCCAUGAAUUACAGAAAGGUGACAUUAAGCGGCAGAGACGUUGACAAAGGAGUCUCUGUUAGGACGUCAGGCGCGCAGAUCAAUGCUAUUCCCUCUAGUGAAGCAGAAGAUCUGAACUGUUUGAUCAUGACGAUGAAUGAAUCUCAAACUAAAACUAAAAACAGCGGUGUGUCAAAGAUUCGGGCGAGCAACAUCAAGAUUCACUCUUUGGAGAGUCGCUCUUUCACCGUCACGCUGGACAGAGACUCUCAACGGACGUACAAAGACGUGCAGAGCAUCGCAAUCUCCCCGUGUCUGGAUCCCGGAUACUGCGUCCAGAAAACCAUCAGAUCCAAGUUCAGGCUGGUAGAGGACCAAAACGCAGGACUGAGCAAAUACAUGAGCAAAGGACUCCAUCUACCAAUCAACACGUUUGCUGGAAUCAUCAACUGACACGACGGUCGCGCAGAAACUUGAGAAUCGUGGUCAAUCCAAGCUGUAUGAAGACUGAUUGAUGCACAGACAUACAGAAGACCUACUGCACUGGAGUCAGUGGCAGCUGUUUGAUCAAACUGAAGGCUACGACUGAACUCAACUGUCACUCAAACAGUGUUUUUACCCUUUGUGAGGAAACCACUGUGCGUACUGCAUAUACUGACAGAAAGUCAGUAUAUGCAGAUUGGAAUCAUGCAAUCAGAGCAAUAUUGCAAGUGACACUGCAGAGAGAAACACACAGCAAAGACCAUGGACUACACAGUCUAUGGCAAAGACAUGCUUUUGCAUCCAGUGACGAUUUCGGGGCUGGUGAUGAUUGGUUGAUAUAAUCACGUGACAUGAUCCUUUAAACUCUGCUGACAGUCUGGAAAGAUUGAGGUUGAGUGUAACAGUUGUUUAACUUACAUAGACACACUACCUUUUACUGUCUCCUUAACACAUGCAAAAACACACACGCACACACUCACACACACGCCUACUGUACAUGCACUUACCUGCAUACACUUACACAGAAGAAUGCGGAAGUACAGACACGUCUGCCAUCAGCUUUUGAUCCAUCCGGAUUGUUGAAGGACUGGUACGAUGACAGUAGGCACAUCACUGUCAGAGUUGUUUUGGCUUUAUCGUUCAAAUUGCUUGUUAUUCCCACAGCUUGUCACAUACCGCCAGCUGACCGACACCAUUCUUGGGUUGAGUGUUUGGAAAAGUUCCAGAAAGUUUCCAGAACCACACAAUGUCGAGAGCAGAAGCUAGAACCAUGUGCAAUGUCCGGCAUUCAGAAAAAAGAGCAACUUUUUUGUUUGACAGUAUCAGAGACGUGUGGAUAUUACACAGAUCAAGCCAAAGAGGGGGGAUGAUAGACUUCAUGUUAAUCUCUCAUUCACUCCAUGUGGUAUAUUUCAUAAGUUUGCUAAUCCUGAUUUAUUUGCACUAAAUUCAUAUUUUUUAUCGUCUCCUUGUGAAAGAGGAACAGCUGUGAGUAAAGUAAUACGACUUAUGAUUAACGUGUUGUUAUAUAUAUAUAUGUCAUGAUUAUGAAGACUUUCCAAAAACAAAGUCACCAUAAGAUAAACCCUCUGACUUUAGAGCAGGGGUCUUCAACGUUUUUCAGUCCAAGGACCCCCAAACUGGUGGAUAGAUGGAGCAGGGACCCCCUAUAUAUAUAUAUUGUAUAAAAUUGUUUUUUAUAUCAAACUGGGCCUAGUGCGAUAUAUAAACAUAGCUACCCUGUUAUUGCGCAUUCAAUACUAAGCUAUACAAAUAUAACACGGGUGCAUAUAUUCAUGUUUUUAAUUUAAACAUGUGCACGGUACAGGGUGGCCAUGCCACUGCCAUUUAUAAACAUACAUCUGGCAUACAACACUGAGCUAUUAAAGUAAUUCACAGAUUCAUGUUUUUAUUUUAAAAUACAGAGACAGUGAAUCCUCAAGCCAUCUGUGGAUGCCACACAUACUCCCACAUCAGUGAGAUGUCGGACCCUGAUGGGUAGCACACAACUUGUCUAACCUUGGACGGAUGGAGGUUGUCAGGCAGAGGGUCAAAUCAGCCUCUCAAUAUGUUGGAUGCAUGUUAAUGUGUAUUAAAAGACAUUUAAAUUUGUUGAAAAAAAUUGGAUAGAAAAUAAAUCCAAAAUUAUAACAAAUAUAAAAAAUUGUCUAAUCAACCAAACAUUUCACGACCCCCCUGCAGUACCUCCGCGGACCCCCUAGGGGUCGCGGACCCCCUGUUGAAGACCUCUGCUUUAGUGGAUCAGACACAACUAUUGGUUAAGUUUUGAGUUAUUGAAGGAAAACGAUCUUCUGUGUUUUGUGUGUGACUUUAUCAGACAAAACAAUUUACUCAGGAGCCUUUGUUUAAAGCAUCCUCUGAGAUCAGGUAUUAUCUCAGAGGCCUUAAAGACUGGAAGUGAUGUGUUAUGGUGCAUGACAUCACAAAAUGGAAUCAUGUUAGCCUGUGUGUCUGUGUCUCCUCUAGCCUGGAAGGGUUAAAAUCACCAGUUGUGAGUUCCUUAACAAUUUUGCACAUUAGUUUCAUAUAUAUUAUAUAUGAAUUUCUGAUAUUUUAACGUCUUAUAAAUGUAUGAAGAGGAUAAAUGUAAUUGUGUAAAUAAAUGAUUUUGUUUGGA